AUGAGCAGGCGCUGCUCUCCCGCCGCUGCCUCGCUUUUGCGGGGGCUCGUCGGCCCUGCUGUAAUCUGUCUGGGUAGGAGCAUGAGUCUCUGUGGGGCACCGGCCGCCUGUGCCGCGGGGCCUGCGGACGGCAGUGGCGGCGGCGGCGGCGCAGGCUUCACCUCAGCGCGGCUGAGUCCGCCGUGGCUGCGGCUGCCGGACGUACCGGGCGCGGAACCGCACCGGGCUAACGAGCUGCUACUGCUACUACCGCCGCCGGUCCCGCGCGGCCUGGCCUUGCCGCAGCAUCACGUUGUCUACUUCCCGGGGGACGUGCAGAACUAUCAUGAUGUCAUGUCUUGCCACCCAGAAAACUUUCAGUGGGAACACUGGAGCUUUGAAAACAUUGCGACCAUACUUGCUCGCCGGUUUCCCGGUAGCUUUAUUUGGGUUGUGAAGUGCUCCCGAAUGCACCUGCACAAAUUCAGCUGUUACGACAACUUUGUGGCCAGCAACAUGUUUGGAGCUCCAGAGCACAGUGCUGAUUUUGGGGCGUUCAGGCAUCUUCAUGCAUUGCUAGUUAAUGCCUUCAGGCUCGCUCAGAACAUUCUGCUGUCCCAGAAAAGCGUGCAUGGUGUCAGCAAGGAGGCAAAAAUAGCUGCUUGCAAGUCACAGCCACAGUCUGUUCCUGCAACAAAUGGCUGCUCCUCCACAGAGAGAGGUUGUGAGCACUCCAGUAAUUCUGCUCUGAGCUUCCCUGUGCCGGCUGCUGUGGGUGCAGCGUCGUUCACUUUGAUCGGCUUCAGCAAAGGAUGUGUGGUCUUGAACCAGCUGCUUUAUGAGCUGAAGGAAGCUAAAAGAGACAAGAAUACAGAUGCCUUCUUAAAAACCAUAAAAGCCAUUUAUUGGCUGGAUGGUGGCCACUCGGGAGGAAGCAAUACUUGGGUUACUUACCCUGAGGUACUGAAAGAACUUGCAGAGGCUGGGAUUGAAGUUCAUGCUCACGUUACGCCAUACCAAGUGUUUGACACAAUGAGGUCAUGGAUUGGGAGAGAGCAUGAGAAAUUUGUACAGAUACUUGAAGGACUUGGUGUGGAAAUAAAUGAUCAAUUACACUUUGCUGAUGACGUCCCCUCCUUAGAAAACCACUUCAGAGUUCACGAAGUAUUUUGA